AUUUUUAUGUGUCUAGACAAAACUCCUUUAUUUAAUUUUCAUUAAAUAAUCUUAAAAAACGAUUCUCUCAAUAAAUAAAUCUUAAAAAAAAAAAACAAAAACCAAACUCUUUCUCUUCUCCACAGCUACUCAGCUCUGCAACUCCAAAAGAAAAAAAAAAGCUUCGAACUUUCCGUCAAUGGCGCCCGUUGACCCACACUCAUUCACCGACUCAACACACCCAUUCGCCACUCACAUUUCCCUCUCUCUCUACCUCGACUUCCCAUCUUCCACAAUCCACGGCUCAGCUCUUCUCUCCUUCCCCGACCCAUACACAGGUCCUCUCUCCCUCGACGCUCGUUCACUCAUCGUCCACUCCGUCAUCGACCCAAAAUCCCAUACACCGCUUCCCUUCUCACUUUCGGUACCCGAUCCAAUCAGAGGCUGCCACCUCACCAUCUCCCUCGAAAACAACCACGACUCAGUCCUCGUCGUCUUCACAACUCACCCUUCCGCCUCAGCUCUCCAAUGGCUUUCACCGCCUCAGACCUUCAACAAAACCUACCCACUCGUCUACACACAGUGCCAGGCAAUCCACGCGCGCUCCGUCUUCCCGUGCCAAGACACACCAGCGGCGCGCGUGCGAUACACCGCCCGAUUGAACAUCCCUCGCCAGCUCUCGGCAGUGAUGGCGGCGCGUCACGUGGAGAAGCGAGCUCCGAUCUCCGGCGAGGGAUCUUUUCUGAGCUGCGGCGAUCAGAUGUGGUGCGCCGAGGGUAGGGCGGUGGAGGAGUUCGUUAUGGAGCAGCCGGUUCCGCCGUACUUAUUCGCUUUUGCCGUUGGUGAGUUAGGGUUUAGGGAGGUGGGUCCGAGGACUAGGGUUUAUGCUGAGGCGGCUCCGGCGGUGAUGGAUUCGGCGGCGAGGGAGUUUGCCGGAACUGAGGAUAUGAUUAGGCAAGGAGAGAAGCUGUUUGGGCCUUAUGAAUGGGAAAGGUUUGAUUUGUUGGUUUUGCCGCCUAGUUUUCCGUACGGUGGAAUGGAGAAUCCGAGAAUGGUGUUCUUGACUCCGACUGUGAUUAAGGGUGAUUCUAGUGGAGCUCAGGUUGUGGCUCAUGAGCUUGCUCAUAGUUGGACUGGGAAUUUGAUCACUAACAAAACCAAUGAGCAUUUCUGGUUGAAUGAGGGUUUUACUACUUAUGCUGAGAGGAGAAUUGUGGAGGUGGUUCAAGGAGAAGAGAAAGCUGUUCUGAAUAUUGGAAUUGGCUGGAGGGGUUUGAAUGAGGAAAUGGAGAGAUUCAAGGACAACAUGGAGUUUACAAAGCUUAAAAUGAAUCAAGAAGGAGUUGACCCUGAUGAUGUGUAUUCUCAGGUUCCAUACGAGAAAGGUUUUCAGUUUCUAUGGCGAAUCGAACGCCAGGUUGGAAGGCCUGCAUUCGACGAGUUUCUGAAGAAAUAUAUUGCAACGUUCAAGUUCCAGUCGAUUGAUACCGAUACCUUCCUUGACUUUCUGAAAGCUAACAUCCCCGGCAUAGAGAAAGAUGUUGACUUAGUUUUGUGGACAGAGGGUACCGGUAUCCCACCAGAUGCUUAUGAACCGGUAUCCAGCCUAUACACACAGAUUGUCACUCUUGCGAACGAAUUCAACCUUGGUAGGAUGCCGAGGGAGGAUGAAGUUGCUGAUUGGCGAGGACAAGAGUGGGAGCUAUACUUGGAAAACUUGCCCAAAUCUGUUGAAGCUUCACAGAUCAUAGCUUUGGACCAGCGCUACAGGCUCUCAGAAUCAAAAGAUUACGAGGUGAAGGUGGGGUUUCUGCAGCUAGCCAUUACCGCCAAGUGCAGAGACUACUACGGCGAGGUGGAGAAAACUCUCAAAGAAGUUGGGAGGAUGAAAUACCUUCGUCCACUCUACACUGCGCUCGUCCAAGGGAACGGGAAGGAAGAAGAGAAGAUUUUCUCGAAAAGGGUGUUUGCAGAGGCUCGCGAUUGUUAUCAUCCUAUUGCACAAGGUGUUGUCGAAUCCAUCCUCAGCAAGCACUUGUAGAACAGUGUAUGAUAGACUGUAAAUAAAUUAUGAACUGAAGCUAACUGUUAUGUUUUGCUUCUCUGGUAGUGUUCAUCUCCAUAGUUGUGGAGCUUUUCGUUUAGAUAAGACUUGUUUUCUCACUCUAGUUGAAAAUGUUCACCAAAUUAUCAAUCAGAAUACUUUGUUGUCUUCCAA